AUGCAGCCUGGCAGGAGGCGCAGCACAGGGGCCAGAGUUGCAGCGGCUGCUGCGGCUGAGGCCAGAUCAGCAACCGCUUUGUUCAGCACAUUCGAGGCUGCUAUGCUUCCGCCGUCUAGUUGUGAGGCAAAUGCAAGUCCAGAAAAACAUGGCCGCGUCGGCCGCGUUGAUGGAGGGAGCUUCGGUGCGUUGAAGCCUGUUUCAGCCCUCGUCUGGCCGUGCAAGCCACAGGCCUCUCCAGCUCCGGCCUCGCUUGCAAGGCAGCAAGCAGAAGAGGGACAGGCAUCGUUGAGGGGCUCGUUGCCAGCAGUCUUGGAAGCUGUGCUCCGGUUCAAGCACGAGGCCUCGGCCUGCGUGCAGAAGUACUUGGACAUGACCGAAUCCGCAUUUCCGAGUGACCUGAAAGCCACCGCUCGAGCCCCCUCACAAGCUGUUUCGAUGGGAAUCAAAGAAGUGACCAGUACCCAAUCUCGAGAAGGAUACAACGUGGUAUCAAGAGAGAGACAUCAGCUGCCAGAUGAAGGCAGGCUGCUGCAGCAUGCUGAAGAGGUGGACCAUUCAGUUUGCGAGCCUGGAGUCGAUGACAAAGUCGACGAGGUGACGAGGCACCUUCUGCAGGCAAGAGAUAAGAUAGAGGCUGUGGAACGCGAGUUUGCGCACAUCAUGGGCGAGCUUGCCGCGUACGGAAAGCAACAACUCCCUGAUCAACCUGUCCAGACGCGGAAGCAUCGUUCUCCUGGCGGAGAUGCUGGAGAUGGAGACGCGUCCGGCGGUGCGAGCGCAGGAAACCUGCCCGGACCGGCGUCCGAUGACCUGGAGACAAGUCGAAGAAGUUCCACCAGUUGUCAACACAGAUGA